AUCAUCAACUGGCAAGUGGGCGGGGCGAACACAUCGCAGGAUACAAGCCAAUCAACUGCCGCGCUUAUUCUACUUUUAUGACUCGAAAAAAAACAGUAGCACGCCGCUUCACCGUGGGAGACAGAACGGCAUCCGAACAGCAUCCGAGCCGCACCGACAGUCCGCAUACCAGCCUCAGUGUAGUACCCUAAUGGCAACGGAGGACAAAGGAAAAACGGCGGCGCCCCAGGCUUUACCGGAAACGGGAUCCCUUUCAGCAAUAACAACACACAGCAAUCUAAACAACAAUAACAACAACAAUAAUAACAAUAAAGACAACGAGGGAAACGAAGGUGCCACAACAGCCACGUCUACUGCUGUUGAAUCCAGUGGGGCUGAAAACAUCAUAGGAAACGGUUCAGCUGUUAAUACCACCGGAGGCAAUAACGGCAAAUGGGUCCGCCUCAACGUCGGUGGGACGGUGUUUCUAACGACACGACAAACGCUGCUAAAGGAACAAACUUCAUUUCUUUACCGACUGUGCCAGCAGCAAGACUUACAUUCUGACACGGACGAAACUGGCGCUUAUGUGAUUGACCGAGAUCCCACCUAUUUUGGUCCCAUACUCAACUAUCUGCGACAUGGGAAGCUGGUUUAUAACAAGGAGUUGGCAGAAGAAGGUGUCUUAGAGGAGGCAGAAUUUUACAACAUCACACCGCUGAUUAAAUUAAUCAAAGAGAGGAUUCUUGAGCGAGACUCCAAGGCCACACAGCAGGUACCACCAAAGCACGUGUAUCGGGUGUUGCAGUGUCAGGAAGAGGAGCUGACCCAGAUGGUGUCCACCAUGUCGGACGGCUGGAAGUUUGAGCAGGUCAGCGUGCGCGCCUGCCGAAAACCCCGCCCCGGACUGCUCUGGACUAUGGUGAACAUUGGCUCAUCUUACAGCUAUGGCACAGAGGACCAGGCUGAAUUUCUGUGUGUGGUGUCAAAAGAGCUGCACACCUCGGGUGGAGGUUUGGGGACGGAGCAGAGCCACAAGACUAAGACAUCGGACACACAGGAGGAGGAUGGAGCGAGGAAGGAAGAGGAGGAGGAGGAAGAGGAAGAGGGAGAGAGAAAUGCCACCCCCAAUGAGUGGAUUAGAGAUUAGCAGAAACUUGUGUCAAAGGAAUUGCUGUUCCAGAUCCAUGGGUCCCGGAUGUAGGAUAAAAAGAAUUUUAUUUUUCUAGAUAUCCAUUUUUUUUCAUGUCCUCAUGAUGCUGUUUUUAUAGCCAUACUUUUUUAGAUUUGUUGACUCAAACAACGGGUAUUAGCGGGAGACAACCAGCAGCAAAAAAAUUGAAUUGAAAUGUUCCUAAAAGCAAAAGGCACCUGAGGUAUUAAGAAAAGAUCACAAUUACUAAAUCUUAGUACAUGGCCUGCUACCAAAGAGUGCAACCUAGUAAUGGGAUACUAUAGUAAAUUUUAGUAAAUAGUAAAUACAUUUAAACAAUAACUAAAACACUUAGUCAGGCUUAGUCAGGAUAGACUGUAAUCAGUGAUGGGUAGACUGUGUGGAUAUGAGACUGUAAUCAGUUAUUUAGUAUUUAGAGUUUAGGUUUUGCACAUUUACUAUAGCAGAAGAAUGGCGGCUCUGCUACAGACACAGGUCAUGUCCUGUUCCAUCUAGCAUCAGCUGUGGGUAAAGUGCCAGCAGUGUCACCCUGGCAGACCACCAGCAGUGCACUUUACCCCCAUUUACAGUCUGUGGAAGUUCAUUUUGAUAGUCGUUGGCGCCGGAUAGAAGGUCAGGGUGUCAUUAGAGGUCACUGGGAUAUUACAGGGCUCGCGAGAGUUCUGGUUGUGUUUGUAUGCUGUAUAUGGAUUUUUAAUAGGUCCGGGGCACAGUUUACUUACAAUGAAUUUAGUUUUGUUCGUUCAGCUAAUGUGCUGGAUUAUGAUACUGUGUCACUUCUUAAUGUGUUUUGUGUAAAGGGUAGAUUUUUUUCAAAGGAACUAGCCUGGCAAUCAAAAUCGUUCCAAUCAACAUGCCUCAAUUCAACAAAUGAACAAGCACCUUUUGCUCUCUUUAGCCUAGAGACGUGCAAAUUAGCUUCCUUUGGGAUUUUUAUGUGCUGUGGGCUGAUUUGCAUGCCUAAGCUCUAAGCUUGUUUAUUAAAUAUGCUGUAGUUUUGCACAAAUUUGCAUAGAUACAGUGCCCCAAACAUAUUUGGACGCUUAAACCAUGUUAAAAAUGCAUGAAUUUCAUCGCAUUAUAUAACAGAAUAGCAAACCAAGUGGCUGUUAUUUUAAAGACAGAUAACUCAAGCACACUUUUCAAGUAAAACAUUUCACAGGAAAAUGUUUUAUAGGAUUUUGUGGUCAUUCUGAUAAGACACCUGUUUAAACCAUGGGAAACUGGCUUCAUAGUACAUCCACUAAAAAUACCAGUCAAUUAAAAGUAAUUGAAGUCAAGCUUCAUUUGUUUGCAGAUGCAACAUAUUCUCUUUUUAAUGCAGUGAAUUUUUUUUAUGUGGUUUUAAAUGUGACUUAAGUGUUCAGAUACUUUUUGGGGCCACUGUAUAUUUAGAUGGGUGAAAUGUUUUUUUGUUGUCAUGUUUAAUGACAGCAUUAUCGGUCAAAACUCACUUGAAAUUGUUUUUUUGUUUUUUGUAAAACAUGUUCAAUUAGUUUGUAAUGGCAACAUGGCCUAUUAUUAUUAUUAUUAUUACUACAUUUAUACAGAGGAAAGAGGCAUUUGUAAACACAGUUUUGUAGCUCAGUGCGUUACUGGGUCGAUCAAUUCUUAUUCUGUCCCCAUUAGCUGCUGCUAUGUUCUAGAACUGUGAGCAUAAUAACAGUCCUUGUGUCUAGACAGAGAAUAGUGAAUUAUAUGAAACAGGAGAGAUAUUAUAAAUUUCAUCAACACGUGUAGAUGCAAAUGAUGUAGGAGCGGCAGAAGUUUUGAUACGACACAUAUCAUAUUAGCAUGUCAGUGCAGUAUAAUAGUCUCUUUAAACUUUGUACUGGUGUGUUGAACAAAUCUUCUCACUGCAUUGAAUUUCAGAGGUAUGUUUUAUUUUUCAAGUUUGAUCUUUUAUGUGUUAAUUGCAUAAUAUUUAAUGGCCUUGUAUUUUUUUAUAAUCAUACUGUGCCAUCCUUCUGUAUUUAUUUUAUUCUAAUAAAUGUCAGAUUAUGUUACUUGUCAGGGCACAGGUAAUGUUUUGGUUUAUACUGAAUUUUAGUCUGUACACACAAUGUCCAUUUUUGUCUUUGUUUUGUUACAUUUGUGUAACAUGUCUCUAGUAUCAAAAACAUGGUCUGCGCCAUCAAAAUGAGUUCAUUUUGAUGGCGCAGACCAUGUUUUUGAUACUAGAGAAAUUUUUGAUACUAGAGAAAAUUCUUUGUUAUGUGUUCUUGUCGAUUUCUAUUAUAUUUACAGUAUAGGCAAUUUGUAUACCAUACUUCCACUCUGAGCUCUUAUAUAUCAUUUAUUUAUAAAAUCUGGGAUGUGUUGUGGCUUUUUAUUUUUUUUUUCAUGGUGUGAAAGGUAAAAUUGAAUUUUGUUAUUUAUUUAGUUUUUUUAUGUACUUUAUAUGUAUAAUUAUGUAUGUAAUAUUGCAAUAUUAAUGCAUUUUGAUUAGCAUUGAAAUCACAGCAGCCUGUUGAAACAAACUCCUCAGGUUAAGAAGAUUACUAAUGGUUUUCUUAACUUAAUGGGUUUUGUUGAAACGGAGCACAGACCCUUAAUAGUGUAUAUAUGCCAAAGAAAAUUGGAUUAAUGUCAGUCUCUUCAACCAAGAGAAUAUCUUUCAGCACAGAAAACAAUCAUGAAUUACUGUAGAUGUCCAAGCAGCAUUACUGUGUAAAUAGUUAUCAAAAUAAUUGAAAUAAAGUUUAGUUUCUUUUUCAAAAAUG